AUGAACGUGCUUAAUAGGUUCGAGGCGCACGAAGAUCGAUUGGCUGAGCGUGUGUACGCCAAACUCAUGCAGAUUCGAGGGGUUCAAGAUCAAAUCCAAGACUGUGAGCAGCGUAUCGAGGAGCACCAGGCCGAGAAGGAACAGUUGGAUGCUUCUUGCCAGGAACUCCAAAGCCAGUUCAAACAGCUGGUGCAUGACAAUAAGUUCGCCGACUUUUUACGGAGGAUAUUCAAGAAGAAAUACCGACCACCGCGUGACAGAGAUGACGAUGAAUCAAGCGAAUCUGAAUCUUCUUCAUCGUCAAGUGAGGAGGAAGAUGAAGGCAGUCUGGAUAGCCGCGACAUCGGUCCAAUACGCUUGGAUCCAAAUGUUUGCCCUGAGGGGUGCGAAAAAGAAAUCUACGACAAAACUUACGAACUUCGCAAUACCAGGCACCAUCACGAGCAGGAAAUGUUGGAGCAAGAUCGGCUUGUUGAUCUUUUACGUAAGGACAUCGAUGCCCAUAACAAAGUGAAGCGCACAUUGUCUGUACAAUUGGAGAAGAGGAAAAACGAACUUAAGGAGUUCAUGAUGGAGAAGCAGAAUUGCAUGAACGAAGUGGAUCAAGUGGUGGUUUUGAGGUACGAUCAAAUCAGAGCCGCCGCGAUGCACGGCUGUACUGGGCCAGAAGGUCUGUCGAACACCGUGGUCUUCCCAGAGAAAAUGCUGAUGAAACUGCGCCAGCGAGUACUGGAGCUACAAGACGAGAUAAAGCAGCAGAAGCAACGACAGAAGAUAAACCGGACACAUCUGUUCCGCAUGAACGUCGACCUGAAAGCGAUGGAGGCCCAGUCGCAAGAGAUGCGCGCGAAAAUGCGCGACGUGCUCACGAGGAAGCUGGGCAGGCCGCGCCGCGUGGACCGCACGCUGGACGACCUCCUGCGGCACAUGGCGCGCAAGCACAAGUACUCCGCCGCGGUGGGCACGAUGCCGCAGAUGGUGCAGCAGAUACGACAGUGGCAGCAACGUUAUGGAGAGUUGGAAAUGAAAUAUCUCAAAGAGUUAAACCAUUACUCUGACCGUUUGCGCCUAGCAGCCGCUUUACAAGCUGAUGUUUUGCCUCAAAAGCUGUUAAAAGAACCGAAUGUAAUGGCCGGCGGUUACGAGCCGGAACAAUAUAAACGGGACGUCGUGCGGCUACGUAUAAUACGAACCCAGCAAUUGCAACAGAUUGAGGCCCUUAAACAAGAGAUAACGAGUCUGCGGCUGAAACCACUAUCUCCAGAUAGACAUGUAAGACAGGGCCCCCAAGUGCCUCCCGAACGCUCGAAAAUCCAUCUAGCUGCUAUACCCCGCACCACGCGACAAACUCACAAGAAAUACUUUCCAAUUACACCGCUGGGCUCACAGACCCACUUUCCACACGACGUUAACGUGAUGACGUUGUUGUACGACUGCCUGGACGCGAUGCGGGUGACGCGCGAUGACGCCGACCAACUACUGAAGGACCUCACGGACGAACUACCCGACGUCCUUGCAGGCACAAAGUCUCGAUUCGAGGUGGUCGAUUCGCUGGUUCGAAAAUGGCUACUAAAGUAUGGUGGUGAUCCGAGUCUUUAUAAGAAGCAGACGCGCGCUUUUGACGCAUUGGCGGCUCUCGCUGAUCGUCUCAUCAAGCAACACGUUACAGCUAUGGAAGGCACUGAGACAACAACGUUGCAGGUUAUGAAAUCCUUAGAAGAAGCUCUGAAGGAUGUUUCUGAUAAAAAGCAGCCACUUCACGAAAGACUAGGGCCUGCCCUAGCCGCGCUGUUGCACACGACUCAAAUUUCCGAUUUGGCAACCGAAGAGACAAUGACGCUGCUCGUUAACUCUUUAAUCGACGAGGAACACCCGCUUACUAUGGAGGCCAUUAAUCGUAUCCAAAUCUCAGACAUCAUGGAUGACAUAAGAGAUUGUGGUGUCGGAGCUUCGUUGCAAGAAUUACGGAACGUCGUGAAAAUGGCUGUAAUGUGUUUGCGCUCACAGCUUGUUGGACCCGAUGAAGCAAAGUCCUUGGAUGCGGAAGUUAGAUUCGCGACCGGAUCUGCUAAACAGGAAAUGAGCCAGGAACCAGGGAAAGCGGCGGGCCGAUAUCGACCUGUACCGCAC